UUAAAAAUGGCGGCCCGCAUCUUCGCAUUGCUUCAUAAUCGCUGCUCGAGUGUUUUGCGAAGUGAUGCCGUCUUUCAUCGCGGCGCUCCAUCAUGGCACGCUUGGAGCAGUCGUGGCUUCAAGACAUCGUGGGUGUCGCGCAUGUUCAUUCAGACCCAAGACACUCCCAACCCGAACUGCCUCAAGUUCUUGCCGAACGUGAAAGUUCUAGAGCAAGGCACCCGCGACUUUCCCAACAUCGUGAGCGCUAAGGACUCCCCGCUGGCUCGUCACUUGCUUCGCGUGGAAGGCGUCAAAGCCGUGUUCCUGGGGCCGGACUUCAUCACGGUGACGAAAGCGGACGACGAGACAGAGUGGAAGGUGAUCAAGCCGCACGUCUUCGCGGCCAUCAUGGACUUCUUCGCCACGGGACUGCCCGUGCUGGACGACGGUAGUGCACCGACCCAGGUGUCCGUAGACACGCAGCCGAAAGAAGGCGAUAGCGAGACGGUGCUGACGAUUAAGGAGCUUAUCGAGACGAGGAUAAGGCCGACUGUGCAGGAGGACGGCGGCGACAUCGUCUACAUGGGCUUCGAGGACGGCGUCGUCAAGCUGAAGCUGCAAGGCUCAUGCACGGGCUGCCCGAGUUCGUCCGUGACGCUGAAGGCGGGAAUCCAGAAUAUGCUGCAGUUCUACGUUCCCGAGGUCAAGAGCGUCGAGCAAGUCGUGGACGAGGCGGAAAAAGUCUCGAACCAAGAAUUUCACAAACUGGAAGACACGAUACGGAGGAAGGGAGUGGAUCCGUAGUGGCGUAAUUAGUAAAUUUGGCAAUGGCGCACCAGUGUAUUGGUGAUGCGUCUGUGUGUUUUUUGUGACAAGUAUAAUGAGCUUUGCUUUGUGGAGGACUGUUUGUUGGGUAUAAAGUUAGGGCAGUCUCUUGCGUAGUUUGGCAUCAUUUUGUUCUCUAUCGCCAUAACUUGUGUGCCACACAAGUGCUCGCGUUUAUAACAUGUGGGCAUGAAGUUUACUUGUGCUAUUGGAUGUGUGCAGAUGUGGCGCUGAUAACUUCUGCCGAUGUGUUUAUUAAUCUUGUAAAAAGAAAGUACGGAAGACGGACAUGUAAAGCAAACUGGGCUGUUGCCGUUUGGCCAGCA